CUGCUGCUGGUUAUCUGAAAAAAGCAAGGCCUGGUGACAGGCAUGGCAAUACAUCUGUUGGCUCAUGAUACAGCUUUGUGGGCCAUGUCUUUAGCACCCCUGCUCCCAAGGAAUGGUGGAGAUGGGGAAAUAUGAUCCACAAGACAGAAACAUAUUUAUUCUCAGCCACAGAGGAGCUUGGGAACAGGUUUGUUCCAAACCAGCAAGCAAAUCAGUUAUGCAGUCCUUUGCCUAUGGUCAAAGUUAAACAGUUAUUAACUUGUACUCUGUAGUGAGUCCAAAGACUGCACUUACCAUUAAGAGGGGAAAGGUUUGAAAUCCAGGCAAUAGAACAGCUGACAUUGCAAGCAGAGUCUAGAUCUGGCCUGGCCCUUAGAGCAACAAAACUGAUUGGAGGCCUGGGGAAUAUGACUUAAAAGGAGAGGCUGAGUGAGCUAGGGCUGUUUAGCCUGGCGAGGAGACAACUGAGGGGAAAUUUGAUAGCAGCUUAACACCAGAAGGUAGGUUAAAGAGAAGAUGGAGAUGGGUUUUUCUCUGGCAAUAAGGGACAGGACUAGGAGCAGUGGCCUUGCUGUAGCAGAGGAAAUUUGGGUUGGAGAUUAAACCAAACUUUCUGACCAUGAGCAUGGUCAAGCAUUGGAACAGACUGCCUAGAGACGUGGAAUCUCCAUCCCUGGAAACUUUCAACAGCAGUUUGGACAGAUACCUGGCUAGGAUGGCUUAACUGGAGAUGAUCCUGGCUUGAGCACGGUGUGAAGCUAGAUGAGGGUGUGAGAUCCCUUCCAGCCCUGCUUUUCUCCAAUCCAUGUCAGUAGCGUUUACUUGCUUUCAGUUUUAAUCGGUAUAUUUGCAUAAAUAUGACUACUUCCCUGAUAUGAGGAAAGGCCAGCAGGAUUUGAAUCCAACUUUUUAAUUUCUGCAUUUCUUGCCAUGGCUCACUUACUUAAAAUAAGAUUUGGCAAUAUGAAGCCUGUCAUUGUGGUGCAUGGUGGAGCUGGCCGCAUCUUUAAAGAACGAGAAGAUGGAAGUCGUUCUGGCGUUAUCAGAGCAUCACUCAAAGGCUACAGUAUCCUUAAACAAGGAGGCAGUGCCUUAGAUGCAGUUGAGCAAGCAGUAACAUUAAUGGAAGAUGAUCCACAUUUUAAUGCAGGCUGUGGAUCUGUUUUAAAUCAAAAGGGUGAAGUAGAAAUGGAUGCUAUUAUCAUGGAUGGAAAAAAUCUAGCCUCAGGAGCAGUGUCUGCUGUUAAAUGUAUCGCUAACCCCAUAAAGCUUGCUCGUCUUGUCAUGGAAAAGACCAAGCACAUGUUACUGGCUGAUUACGGUGCACAAUGUUUUGCCAAGGCCAUGGGUGUUCCUGAGAUUCCAGGGGAGAAGCUCAUAACAGAAAGGUCCAGGGAAAGAUGGAUGAAGAACCUUGAGCCAGAUUCUAAUCCUCAUGCGUUUCAAACAGACCUUGGAACAGUUGGUGCCGUUGCUAUAGACAGUGAAGGAAAUGUAGCUUGUGCAACAUCCACUGGGGGACUCACUAAUAAACUGGUUGGCCGUGUUGGUGAUACAGCAUGUAUAGGAAGUGGAGGUUAUGCUGACAACCAUGUUGGUGCUACUUCCACCACAGGCCAUGGAGAAAGCAUUAUGAAGGUGGUUCUAGCACGAUUGAUCCUGUAUCACAUGGAACAAGGAAUGUCACCAGAGGAGGCUUCUGAUACUGCUUUAAAUUGCAUGAAAACAAGGGUGGGAGGAUUGGGAGGUGUCGUUGUUGUCAGCAGUUCAGGGGACUGGGCAGCAAGGUUCUCCACCAAGCAAAUGUCCUGGGCUACAGUGAAAGAUGACCAGUUGUAUUAUGGCAUUUACACCGGAGAGAGGCUUACAAAAUCCUUUGAAGAAGCACUAACGUCUGAAGGAUUUUGAAGAUGUAGAAGUUGACUGCAGAGCAAAGUAAAGUCUUGGUGCAGAGACAACUGAUGUCUUUUUCAGAAAAGAUUUAACCCUAUUAAAUAUUUGAAGAACUCACCAUGGUUUGUAAGCAAACAGAUUUAGACAGAACGAAUCAUGGCUCUGGAUAUUUAAAUGUCUCUGAAAGGCACAGGGUUAGAAUAUGGGCAAGCGAUGCAUGAAAGUUUCCCCAGUUUUCUGGUUAGUGCAUCAGCCCUACAUUAGAGACAGGCAGUGUCAGAAUGAGAGAGGAAUUCAUCUUCAUUCUUAAUCUCUGAGACUUCCAGGUCAAGUGAUGAUGCUGCAGUGAGGUAAACACCUGGCAAUUAAAAAUUGAACUUUAACAGCUGCUUCUCUUCAUUGAGAAGUAGGAUUUGUUUAUACAGAUUAUUGAACCAACUAUAUAGUUAGGAGAGAUGUUAGACAAGCUUUUUAGCACAAAAUCCUCUUACUCAUUUUAGAAAAGAAACAGAUGCAGCCUAAGCUAAAUAGUAAGUAAAACAAGAACUGUACCAAGGUCUUUGAACACCCAUCAUUUGGUGACAGCUGUCAACUGAGCUACAUUUAGACUACAGUAUAAAAUUUAAGACUACAUCAUUAUCAAAACCUUGGAAUAACAAGUCCUUAAUCAUUUAACCAGGAAAAAACAUAAAGUUCCUGCCUCAAGGGAAAUCUGACACUCAGAAGCUUUAAUGUAUUUGUUAGUCUUAUGGGGGAGGGGGGAAGCCACAAACUAAAAUUAGGUGGGGGAGAAUUUUAUUAGUCAGAUCUAUGUUAUAAAAUGGAAAGCCAAGACUUCAUUAAAAUUGUAAACAAAGCAGCAAACAAUCUUUGUUGGUAGAUUAGAAGGUGAUAGGCACCUCAUAAAUACAUAGAUGAGAGAAAUUCAUGAUGAUUAACUGGAAAGUAAUUUUCUGAAGUAAUUAAGUCAUAAAAGCAAGCUAUGCCACAACAAAUAGAAUUGCCUCUGUUAACAAGCUUUCUUGAUAUGAAGCUGAUGCAGUCUUGUAUGAAAUCUACAGCACUUGGUUAAAUUUGUGGUAAGCUUUCAAUUCCUCAGUGUCAUAGGUGUUUACUUCCCCUUAUCCCAAUGUAAUUUUUUUCCAUGAAAAUACAGUUUAUUUGCGAAGCAAGACAUUUUUUAGGAAGACUUUCAUAACAUCUUUGUCAAAGGAAACCCUGUUUUCUACUGUUAACUAUACUUAUUAUAUUUUAUUACUACGUAAUUUAAUAACCUAACAUAUGUUUAGCCAUGUUAUGAUCUGUAUCUCCUCUGAAACCAGAUGAUCAGCUUGUGGUAUGCUAACAUACUAUAGCAUGUUCCUUUAUGAAAUAUACCAAAUAAACAUAACAGAUCCUAACUGUGUUUUUAAGAUCCAUUUCCAAUAUAAAAUGAAGCGUGGUGAAGUAGAUUAUUUAAAAUGGUAGGUUUGUCAAUCUUAUCUAGUUGUCUUGCACUUUAACCCACAUUUCUCCAGAAGUUAAAAAUGAUUAAUGUCUAGUGGGAUGUGGACAAUCCAUGGGAAAAGAGUAUUUAUUUUUUUUAUGAAGUACUAAUGUAUUGCAUUGCCUCGAGGAGGGCAUGAAAUAUAUCUGUUGAUCUGGUCAUCAGCUGCUGCUUGUCAGAUUACAAAGGAAUUUAGGGUGAGCCUGGUAAGCUGUCCUCCUGCUGUGUGAACAUAAGGAAAAAUCAUUUUUUUAAUCAGAAGAGGACUCCCAGUGAGUUCAAGAACUUAUAUGGAAAAGCACAUACUUCUCAAAACGAACAAUGAGUACAGGGCCAGAUUGUGCUUGGCCUGUGUGGAAGGAAGCGGUAUGAGCUCGGCUUCAUGCACACAAUAUUCUUUGGAGCCUGUGGGAGCUCUGUUUUUAGUUUGCGGCCUGCAGAUUUUAAAGGAGUUGAGACAAGGGAGAUAGUUGAGUUCUAGACUCCACAGUCCACCAUCACCCCAAGCAGAUAACUUCAGGUAAGUGUAUAAGAAUCCAUCUUGCUCUGCUACAUUGUGCUAUUGGCUGCAUUCCUCCCCUUAUGCAGGGCAAUGGAAAAUAAAAAUCCUGCCUUUAUAACUAAUACUUGGUCAGAGACCUAUCCCUUUUUCAUCUGGAUCAUAAAGAAGAUAUAAAUUGCCAGCCUGCAGAAUUUAGGUGAACAUCUCUCCUGACCUUUGGAGAGACAAACAUCUAUCCCAGAACUAAAACCCAGAUGCAAUAUAACAUCAUUGGUCACCUUAGUAGCAGUUAGUAGAAAUCUAGUGUCAUUAAAAGGUACAUUAAGUACCUAAUACAUGGUUAAUUCAUCUCAGUAAUUAUAUCCUCAGAAAAAGCACUACAAUAAAACUGGUAGUUUAUCAUGACUAA